AUGACAAAGAGGCAAGCGGUGGAGGCUCUUGACAAAAGCUUGAGAGAUAUAAUGGAUCGGCCGAAGCUGCCGUUUGGUGGGAAGAUUGUUGUUUUCGGUGGAGAUUUCAGGCAGGUCCUCCCUGUUGUCCGGAAGGGGUCGAGGGCUCAAAUAGUCAAUGCUUCGCUGCGGAGGUCGUACCUUUGGGAUUGGAUGUGGCAUCUAAAGUUGGUGCGCAACAUGCAGGCACAGAGCGACCCAUGGUUUGCAGAUUAUCUCUUGCGCAUCGGUGGUGGAACAGAGGAGGUAAACGGUGAUGGAGAUGUCCAUCUCCCGGAUGAUAUAUGCGUGCCUUAUACUGGAGAUGGUAAGGAUCUUGAUAGAUUGAUGGAAUGCAUAUUCCCAGAGCUGAAUGAGAACAUGGCAAGCAAAGACUACAUCACUUCGAGGGCGAUUUUGUCAACACGAAAUGAGCGGGUGGAUAUGAUUAAUAUGAAGAUGAUCAGUAGUUUUUAA